UUGUGGUUGAUUUUUUUUGUUUUUGAUUGCAGGAUAAGGAAAUCUGAUUCAUAAAUGAUAAAAGAAUAUUGUGUCUUUUUGCGAUGCAGCAGGAAUUCUAGGCCAAAAGUUAUUUUUCAAUGAUAAAAAAAUGUGAAAACAUGAAUUAGGCCUAGGCCUAAGUCAAGUUUUUGAAUAUUUUUCACUAGGCUAGGCCUUGUUCAUCAAAAAUACACCAGGAUGAAGUGAGUAGCUUAAAAACGUCUUUUUUUAGAAGAAUUAAAAGCGAUUAAUAACAAUGGAACUGCUACUUGAAAAUGCUCUAAAUCCAACAGUUCACCGAAUGUUAGUGAAUGAUUUAAACAACAAUGAUCGUUGGCUGAACAUCGUAGAAAAACUAAGAACUUACAGAAUCCCCGUGUUCCUUAACGUCAAUAGAGCAAGAGAGCUGGAGAGAAGGGGAAUUAGUGCGGCCCAAUGGCUUCUCGAGGAGCUGUUUGAUAGGGAAUGUUCGUACAAUGAGUUUUGUGCCAUGCUGCGAGAAUUUGAUAUGUUAGAAGAGUUGUCCCUACUAACUCACGCAGAGCCUAUGAUUAUCCAAGUACAGCCGGGGGGAGGAGAGGACAUAGUGAGAGUGGAGAGUGGCAGUGUGUUAGAGCUGACUUGUGUGGCUUCUGGGAUACCUCGACCAACGUAUCAGUGGUACUACCAUAACAAUGUGUUACCUGGCCAGAGCAACAACACGCUCACCAUAUCUCCCUUCAGUGAGAAAAAUGUUGGUGUUUACUGGUGCCUUUUACGCCAGGAAAUCAGAGGACACAUCAAUGAAACACAUUCCUCUGAGGUAGUGGUAGACCUGAUGGCAGUUCGUCCUGUGUUGUUGGUAGACCUACCUCGUGUCAGGUCUGUACCUAGUAGGCAGACUCUGGUAUUGACAGUCCAAGCAUUAGGUUACCCAGCACCUCACUAUGAGUGGUUCCGCAGCUCUGAUCAUGUAGUGGUAGACCUGAUGGCAGUUCGUCCUGUGUUGUUGGUAGACCUACCUCGUGUCAGGUCUGUACCUAGUAGGCAGACUCUGGUAUUGACAGUCCAAGCAGAAGGUUACCCAGAACCUCACUAUGAGUGGUUCCGCAGCUCUGAUCAUGUAGUGGUAGACCUGAUGGCAGUUCGUCCUGUGUUGUUGGUAGACCUACCUCGUGUCAGGUCUGUACCUAGUAGGCAGACUCUGGUAGUGGUAGACCUGAUGGCAGUUCGUCCUGUGUUGUUGGUAGACCUACCUCGUGUCAGGUCUGUACCUAGUAGGCAGACUCUGGUAUUGACAGUCCAAGCAGAAGGUUACCCAGCACCUCACUAUGAGUGGUUCCACAGCUCUGAUCAUGUAGUGGUAGACCUGAUGGCAGUUCGUCCUGUGUUGUUGGUAGACCUACCUCGUGUCAGGUCUGUACCUAGUAGGCAGACUCUGGUAGUGGUAGACCUGAUGGCAGUUCGUCCUGUGUUGUUGGUAGACCUACCUCGUGUCAGGUCUGUACCUAGUAGGCAGACUCUGGUAGUGGUAGACCUGAUGGCAGUUCGUCCUGUGUUGUUGGUAGACCUACCUCGUGUCAGGUCUGUACCUAGUAGGCAGACUCUGGUAGUGGUCGACCUGAUGGCAGUUCGUCCUGUGUUGUUGGUAGACCUACCUCGUGUCAGGUCUGUACCUAGUAGGCAGACUCUGGUAUUGACAGUCCAAGCAGAAGGUUACCCAGCACCUCACUAUGAGUGGUUCCGCAGCUCUGAUGAUGACUGUGCAAUGCCUAACAUUGUUCUCAAUGAGUCGUCCAACUUGAUUGAGGUGAAGAAUGCAGGACUAUAUGAUGAAGGUCUUUACUGUUGUAGAGUUUAUAAUGAAGCUGGGGAAAUCUUCUCCAGUACAUGCAGACUCUCUGUAUUCGAAAGACCUCCAGAUGACUACUUAGCAAGUGCCAAGGUGGCUUUGCUGAUAGGCAACGAGGAUUACCUCGAUGCAGAACUGCAAGGGCUGCAUGCUCCCAGUAACGACGUCGCAGUUCUCGCCUCAAUAUUGUCCCGUCUCGGCUUCCAUGUUGUAGCACUGCACAACCUAACUCGGACAGAAAUGUACAACGCUUUCCGCUGGUUCUGCAGCAUUCUUCCAGAGAACGCCUAUGCCUUCUUCUACUUUGCUGGGCACGGGUUCUCCAAGCUAGCAUCCAAGUUCAUGAUGCCCAUAGACUGUCCCAAAGAGGAGAUUCAGCUUCAUGAUUGUCUGUGUGAUGAACAGCUGACUCAGAUUUUAGCACAAGGAGAGCAACUGCAACUACUCGUCAUGCUGUUUGACUGCUGUCUUGUAGAGUCAAGAGAUUUAUCUAUCGGGAGGACUGAGUUUGAGCAUGACCUAGGCAACUGCAACAUUGUUCUAGGAACUGCAACCAGAAACUAUCAGAACGCUUACGAGAGCGAUGCAGACGCCAAUGGCUUGUUUGUCAACCAUUUACGAGAACAUCUGGAAGACAAUCUACCCAUCAUAGAGGUGCUGCGGGCUAAUCAAAGAGAUUUUAGGGAAAAACAACAACAGCCAACCAUCUUCUUUAGUGGAGCUGACAAUUGCAGCCUCACCGAUCCUGUUGUUGAGAAUGCACAAUUAGAAGAAAAACUAAGAUCAGAGGUUGAUUUUGAGGUAGAGAAAAAGAUUUAUUUCAAAAGGAUCAACAAAGGAUUCACCAUUUACAUUACCAAAAACAAGAAUUGUUUCUUGAAUUCAGUUGAUUUGCAGUUCCCUGAGGACUUUACUUACAACUUUUCUGUUGAAAUCAACUCCCAGGAUGUUAAGUUGGCUGUAGAGCAUAGAACAGUUACAAUACACAAUCUACAAAGGGUUAAGAGUUGCUUGUACAUCACUGUCUUCAUCAACGGACUGAGAAGAGAAGACGAGGGAUUUGUAAGUGGACCUCACGACAGUUGUGAGUUUACCCUCAACUGUCCCAUCAUACAGAGACAGCUGUGGCACAACCCAGGGACUUACGACCCCAUACUCAACCCAACAAUGCUGGGGUCAUAACUCUUUGUCUCUUCCAGAUUCUCAUCCAAUGUGAUUUUAUGUUUAGUGAUAACAUUUAUAAGGUAUAUACACAGUAGACUCCCUCUCGUUCAGAAAAAAAUCCACCUUGUCAACAUUAAAAAAGUGUAAACCAUCAGAAGCUAGCAAACAUUUUCAUAAGUACAGUACAACCAAUGAAUACAAGGCCUAUAAGAAGCACAAUGCCUUUGUUUUAAGUUCAGUCUGGUAAUAUUUGAAUUUCGAAUAGUUCCAGCGGCCAAGUCAGCUGACUGAGUGAGAGAGAAUGAGACAUAGAAUUGGCUUUAAGAGAGAGAGGGAUAAGUGCGGCCGCCACCCGAGCGGCAGUAGCGGCGGCCGCGCGAAGCUCAUUUUUGCGGCAAAAUUCCAGUCUGACUAUUCUCUAUAAGCAUUUAGCUUCUUAAAGGGUUUGUAUUCAUUGGUACAACUGACCAAACUAAAAAAAGGAAAACCAGUGACAAGAUCUGUACAACCUAAUGUGCUAGACAAUUGGGUUGUGAAUAAAAUUUUUAUGGGCAUAGUAGCCGUCUGUAAGAGAGUCCUUCUUGGAUCAUGCUUAUUGUCAUCCGGACCAAACAAGAGAGAGCAUACUAUUGUAGUUGUUUCUAAAUUUUUUCUACACAUCAGUAAUCAUGGUUUUAAUGAAGUGUUGAGGUAAGAUUCAUCCAAUUUUUUUGAAUCUUUGUAAUAGUAGGUGUUUUCAAAUUGUUCAUAGUUAAGUUGCAUCAGACAUAUUUUUAAUGUAUUCUUAACUUUGCUGUUUUACCAUGAAAACUAUUGUUUUUGUUUUAAAUAUAAUUAUUUUU